UUAGUCAACGGAGGUGUGCAUCGUCUUCCUUGUGUUCCCCUCCCUAAUCCCCUUUCCCCUUUCCCCUCUUACCACAUGUCACAAGAAACCAUGGAAGGAGAAGUUUCUGUUGCUGUAAUGGAAGAAAAACCAAGUCCGUUUCUUGGAUGCUUGGACCUCGAUUCUCCGGGGUCGCUCAUUUAUGUGGCGGUGCAAUCUUGGUGGGGGUGUGCUCGACCAUCUGCCUUAAUAGAGUAUGUACGGCAAAGGAUUCUUGAACCAAUCGUUGGCGAAGUUAAAUUCUCCAUGGUAGCCGCAUCAAAGGGAGGCUUUGACAUCAAGAUCGGCCCUCAUAUGAUCCACGCGCCCAAGUAUGCCAGUGCACGUCACCCACUGGUCCGCAUGAUGCUUUUUGCUCGCAAUAUGCUUGACGAUAAAUUUUCCUGCCCGGAAGCUAUGGUGCCAAGAAGCAUCCUGGACAUGAUUCGGAAAUCGCGCUCGGUAUCACGCAGCACUGGAAUCACUGGAGAACCUCCAGUGGAAAGUAUCGGCAUGUAUGCUGAGAGUGAACUAGGUUGCACUGCUAUACCAUCAGCAAUACCCCUGGCAAUCGCCGCUAAAGAAGACGAAGACGCUGCUUAUCACGACGAUGCAAUGGGUGGCGCUGACACCCUUGCUGAUACUGAGAGUAUAGCAGCAGGGUUGGCUCCAGCGGCAUCUCCGCACGAGCAAAACAAAAUUAUGAAUUCUCGCAUCAAUGGUUGGGACAAUUACACAGGAUACAUGGAUGGUGUACGUGAGGUAACUCACACUGAACCCGAACAUAACAGAAUCAUGGAGGCAAAGGAGAAGAAAACUUCAGCUACCUGGGUGGUCGCCACCGCCGCUGCAUACCACGCGACGGGGAACCGCGGCCUCCUAUUCGGUUUCACGCCCUAUCAGCCCGGCGGCUUCGUUGAGUCAGCCGACGGGGCGGCGCCCAUGCAGGUCCUCGGCCACGGCUCUGUGAUCACUGACACGGUGGUUCUCCCCAACGUGCUCUACGUCCCAGGGCUCACGGCUAACCUCGUCUCUGCCAGCCAGCUCGCCGAGCUCGACUACACUGUCGGGUUCAGCCGCGGCGCGUGCCUCAUCAGGAGUGCCGCUGAUGGCACCAUCGUCGGCAAAGCCAGUGUUGGAGGAGAUGGAUUGUUCCAACUGGACUUCCUGCAGAUCACGGGGGCGAUCGAUAAAAGGCCUGUUGUAUGAACAAUAAAAGGCAAGGGGAUAUACUUAGUUCCUCUUAGCAUAAUAUGCAUGUUUGAGCAUAAAAACUCAUGGUUGUAUGUAAUUUCAAUAAGUGCAUGGGCCUGCAGCUUAUUAGUAUGGCCUAAUGCAGCUUCGUACUGGGCGUGCAUGCCUUGACGAACUAUGAAACCAUGUUUGAUCAAUUUGAUAUACAUGUAUGUAUAUCGUACUACCGGUAUGUAUGCAAGUGCAACUACAAUAUAUGCUUAAAGUUGUAUGGGAAAUGAUUUUCUUCGA